UGCUGUCCGCUCCUUCACUGCACGGCUCAACGUCGCAGAGACGGGCACAGGGGCAGAGAGGGGCGGUGGAUGGUGAGCCGCAUCAGCCCUGCCGCUGCGUGCAAAACAAACUGUCUGUGUGUCAACAGAGAACACUGCCGGCGUCUCUCCUACUGUCCGGGUGGAUUUACGGUUGCGUCUGCUGCAGCUGAAGGAGGUAGACUAGAGCUGGUUGAGCUACUGCAGGAGAAAGGUCAGAAGCGGAGGAUUGAGUCAGCGGAGGCAGGCAGAGAGCCACAAGAACCCCGGCUGAGCACCGGGACCCCGCCCGCUCGGCCGCUGCGUCCACCGCAACGCUGGAGCUCACCGACGGUCACAGCUGUCAUCCAGGGCUCCUAUCCUGAUCUGUGCUCCCUGAAUCAUUCAGAGUCUCGCUCCACCAAAGGCCCCCGCAACGGAUAUGAUCCCUCACUGGCUUCUCACUACUCAACACAGGCAAUUGAGUUGUAGAGAUGCCAAAUAGGGAGAUGAGGGAAGACCCAUCUGAUGAAGAGUGAAUGAAAGACAAAUGGAGUAAAGGAAACGACAAAAAGAAGAGCAAGAGGCAAAGAAGGAGAGGAACAAAUUUGUAAGAGGAGGUUUGAAAGGAAACCAAAGGAGGAGAAAAGGGAUGGUGGCCAAGAUGUGAAGACCUUCAUGAAAGAGGAGAGACAAAGGACCAAGGAUUAAAACUGAAGGACAGGAAGCCACACGGGACCAAGAAGCCCAGAGCUUUGGAACCGUAGGAAGAGAAAGCGAGAGACUGGUUGGGGAAAGGGAGGGAAGCAAACAUCUGGAUGGUCUCCACAGCGACGGCCAGCAGGUUACCCCCCCUCCGAAGAUGGCCUCCAACUUCAACGACAUCGUCAAGCAGGGCUACGUGCGCAUGCGUAGCCGCAAGCUGGGGAUCUAUCGGCGUUGCUGGCUGGUUUUCAAGAAGUCAUCCAGUAAAGGACCUCGACGUCUGGAGAAAUACCCUGAUGAGAAGUCUGCCUACAUCAGAGCCUUUCCUAAGGUUACAGAGAUUAGCAACGUCAAGAACAUCACACGGCUGCCCCGGGAUACCAAGCGACAGGCGGUGGCCAUUGUGUUUACAGACGAUACGUCACGCACCUUCACCUGUGAAUCAGAGCUAGAAGCAGAGGACUGGUUUAAGACGCUCUCCAUUGAGUGCCUGGGCACACGGCUCAAUGACAUCAGCAUGGGAGAGCCGGAUCUCCUGGCUGCUGGAGUGCAGUGUGAACACACAGAGCGCUUCAACGUGUUCCUCCUCCCCUGUCCCAACCUGGACAUCUAUGGGGAGUGCAUGAUGCAGAUCACCCACGAGAACAUUUACCUGUGGGACAUCCACAACCCUCGCACCAAGCUGGUCACCUGGCCGCUCUGCUCCCUGCGGCGCUACGGACGGGACGCCACCCGCUUCACCUUCGAAGCCGGCCGGAUGUGUGACAGCGGUGAAGGCCUCUACACCUUCCAGACCAGGGAGGGAGAGCAGAUCUACCAGAGGGUUCACUCCUCCACGCUGGCUAUCGCCGAGCAGCACAAGAAGGUCCUGCUGGAGAUGGAGAAAAACAGCAGGUUGAUGUCUAUGGGUUCAGAGCCUGGUUCCUACCCCUGCACCCCAACCGCCAUCCUGCCCCGAUCCGUCUACUGGCACCACAUCACUGGCAACCAGACCGGCAUGGAUCCUGGCGACGCUGCAGAGGACGACCUGCUGUCCACCCGCCUGCAUCCGGACCACCAUGCCACGCUGCCCCUGGCUAACACACAUGCACAGUCCCAGCCGCACAUACCCACACACUCCCCGACACACUACCCCACCUACCCUCGGCAGUGACACACACACACACACAAACACACAGAAGAAGAUGUGGACUUCGAGAAACACACGCAUGCCCACAUGCAUGCAGGCACACACACAAUUCACACACACUGAAUCACGCUGUUUCUCCUUAUAUUAGUUUUACAGCCCAACGUUACACCUCACAGGAGAUGUCGUAGGCGAGGCUAACACUGGCCAAAAGACCAUGCUGAAGCAGGAACUGAAAACUAAAUGCAACAAAUGACUAGGGAGAUUGGUCUUCCCUAUAUGACUGCAGCCCCUACAAUUCCACAGUAGACGGGGAAUAUUUGGCGUUUUUCCAUUCUCAGGGUAAGAAACUCUGGCAUAUUGGCACAUACGGCUCACAGUAUGCUAUAAUAAACCACCUAGGAUGUAUUAUGUGUUGUCCAACCAAGUCAAAGUGUUUCCACCUGUUCCGAAGGGACACUCUCAAAGGCGGGAUGAAAAGCCUUGAAGAUAAAUUUGGAGGGAUUUUAUUUGAUUUUUUUUUGUGAAUUUAUACUUCAGUUUUUAUUGAAAUUAUGAUUUAAAUAGUAAAUCUCUGGUAGUACACAAUACAGCUGAUCGUCCUGCAACAGUUAAGUUAAGAAACCAAAAUUACUUUGUGAGAUUAGAA